AAAUGCCAGAACCGAUAGCUGCACCCGCGCAGAAGAAAGGCUCCAAGAAGGCUGUUGCCAAGACCCAGCCUAAGGGAGGAAAGAAGCGCAGAAAGACCAGGAAGGAGAGCUACGCGAUCUACGUGUACAAAGUGCUGAAGCAGGUCCACCCCGACACCGGCAUCUCUUCCAAAGCGAUGGGCAUCAUGAACUUGUUUAUCAACGACAUUUUCGAGCGCAUCGCCAGCGAGUCGUGCCGCCUGGCUCACUACAACAAGCGCUCCACCAACACUUCCCGGGAGAUCCAGACAGCCGUGCGCCUCCUGCUGCCCGGAGAGCUUGCCAAGCACGCCGUGUCUGAGGGCACCAAGGCCGUCACCAAGUACACCAGCUCCAAAGUAAACCGAGACCGUCCCCACUCCAUCCUUACAACAACACAGUUGUUACAGUUGUACCUUGUAUAUUAA